AUGGCGGACGAGAACAGUCAUGCUCCCUCCAUCAACCAGGCGGAAAUUUUGGCAAUCAAUGAAGCCCUCAGGGCCGAGAAUAAGAAAAUGGCCGAUCUCCUAAGACAGAUGGGGCAUGAUCGAAGCAAGGGCGAACACAAAAAUACUGAGAACAGAGACAACGAUGACGAGCAUACCUCGAAAACCAAACAAGCCAUUCCCAAAACCACCAAAGCAACCACCAAAAAGAGAACCAACCCAUUUUCCAAAGAAGUCAUGAGCUUCGAAAUGCCCCAAAAUUUCACCCUGCCGUCGACUUUAAAACCUUACAAUAGAAUAGGGGAUCCAAACGUCCACGUCACGAAAUUUCAGGCCAUGAUGUUCAUGAAUAAGGAUUCCGAUCAGAUCUUAUGCCGCACUUUCCCAACCUUCCUAGACGGAGCCGCCCUGAUUUGGUUCUCCAACCUCUCUGAAGGCUACAUCUCUAAUUUCGAUGAGCUGGCAAAUCAAUUCGUCAAUCACUUCGCCGCAUCCAAAAUAUACGUCCAUGACUCUGAUUACCUAAGCACCAUUAAGCAGGGACCGAACGAGAGCCUAAAGGACUAUAUGACCAGGUUCGUUAAAGCAACCAAUGAAAUACCUAACUUAAACCCUGAGGUCCACCUCCAUGCCCUCAAAAGCGGACUCCGGCCGUGGAAAUUCCAAGAAUCCAUAGUUAUUACAAAACCAAAAACCCUAGCCGAGUUUCGCGAGAAAGCAACUACCCAGAUCGACGUGGAAGAAUUCCGAGUAUUACGUAGAGCAGAUAAACCUAUCCCAUACAAAGAUGAAGAAAGGCGAAGCAGACAAUCAAACAACAGAUCGGACACAAAAAUGUUUCGAUUAACACCCAAGUUCGACAACUACACCCCUUUCAACACAAAAAGGGAAGACAUAAUAAAAGACAUAUUACACUCAAAACUUAUCAAACCCCCUAACAGGGCAGGUACAUAUCAGGACCAACGACAUGUGGAUAGGUCAAAAUACUACGCUUUCCACCAGAAGUACGGCCACACCACGGACGAUUGUGUCAUAGCCAAAGACGUCCUCGAAAAGCUCGCAUGA